AUGGCUACCCCCAGUGUCCUCACGUUUGAUGCUGAGGGCCGUGCCGUUGACUUUGAGGUCUGGGCCGAUGACCUCCUGCUGUUUCUUCAAUGCGAUAGGGCGAACGGCCCCUCCCUGUUUGACCUCACUUCUGGUGCCUCUCCUGCCCCUGCUGCUGAUCCUAACGCCACUGUUCGCUCACAGUGGGCCACGCGCAACCCUGCUGCUCGCCUUGCUGUGCGCCGCCACUUACCGACCACUGAAGGUGCACACUUUAGCCAGUACAAGAGUGCUCAGACCUUGUAUGACGCUAUAGUUGCACGCUACUCUUCCCCUGCCACUGCUGCACUGAGCCGCCUCAUGCUACCGUACCUCUUCCCUGACCUUGCUGCCUUUCCCACAGUCACUGACCUCAUUACGCACCUCCGCACUAGUGACACUCGCUACCGCGCUGCGCUUCCUGCUGAGGCGCUAGAGGGACUGGAGGGGGCGGUGGAGGUGGUGGUGGAGGCAGUGGAGGGAGUGGGGGUGGUGGUGGGAGUGGUGCUGGGGGUGGCGGCGGCGCCGGCAGCAGUGGAGGAGGCGGAGGCGGUGGAGGUGGCGGAGGGAGCGGAGGCGGCGGAGGUGGCGGAGGAGGCGGAGGUGGAGGAGGCGGCGGAGGCGGCGGCGGCGGCGGCGGUGGUGGAGCGGGUCGCGACUCUGCGCAGAGGAGUGGCUCUGGUGGAGGUCUGCCCCAGUAGCAGCGGAGUGGUGUGA